ACAUAAGGGAGAGGGGGGGGUCAAAAUAACAGUCAGUAUCUGGUGUGGCCACCAGCUGCAUUAAGUACUGCACUGCAUCUCCUCCUCAUGGACUGUACCAGAUUUGCCAGUUCUUGCUAUGAGAUGUUACCCCACUAUUCCACCAAGGCACCUGCAAGUUCCUGGACAUUUCUGGUGGGAAUGGCCCUAGCCCUCACCCUCCGAUCCAACAGGUCCCAGACGUGCUCAAUGGGCUUGAGAUCCGGGCUCUUCGCUGGCCAUGGCAGAACACUGACAUUCCUGUUUUGCAGGAAAUCACGCACAGAACGAGCAGUAUGUCUGGUGGCAUUGUCAUGCUGGAGGGUCUUGUCAGGAUGAGCCUGCAGGAAGAGUACCACAUGAGGGAGGAGGAUGUCUUCCCUGUAAUGCACAGUGUUGAGAUUGCCUGCAAUGACCACAAGCUCAGUCCGAUGAUGCUGUGACACACCGCCCCAGACCAUGACAGACCCUCCAAAUCGAUCCCGCUCCAGAGUAAAGGUCUCGGUGUAACGCUCAUUCCUUCGACGAUAAAUGCGAAUCCGACCAUCGCCCCUGGUGAGAGAAAACCGCAACUCGUCAGUGAAGAGCACUUUUUUUGUUGCCAGUCCUGUCUGGUCCAGUGACGGUGGGUUUGUGCCCAUAGGCAAUGUUUUUGCCAGUGAUGUCUGGUGAGGACCUGCCGUACAAUAGGCUGAGAAAGUCCAGCCUCUCUCAGCCUAUUGCGGACAGUCUGCGCACUGGAGGGAUUGUGCGUUCCUAGUGUAACUUGGGCAGUUGUUGCCAUCCUGUACCUGUCCCGCAGGUGUGAUGUUCGGCUGUACCGAUCCUGUGCAGGUGUUGUUACACGUGGUCUGCCACUGCGAGGGCAGGCAGCUGUCCAUCCUGUCUCCCUGUCGCGCUGUUUUAGGCGUCUCACAGUAUGGACAUUGCAAUUUAUUUCCCUGGCCACAUCUGCAGUUCUCAUGCCUCCUUGCAGCAUGCCUAAGGCAUGUUCAAGCAGAUGAGCUAUGAUCCCGGGCAUCUUUCUUUUGGUGUUUUUCAGAGUCAGUAGAAAGGCCUCUUUAGUGUCCUAGGUUUUCAUGACUGUGACCUUAAUUGACUACCGUCUGUAAGUUGUUAGUGUCUUAACGACUGUUCCACAGCUGCAUGUUCAUUAAUUGUUUAUGGUUCAUUGGACUAGCAUGGGAAACAGUGUUUAAACCCUUUACAAUGAUCUGUGAAGUUAUUUGGAUUUUAACUAAUUAUAUUUGAAAGACUGUCCUGAAAAGGGGACGCUUCUUUUUUUCCCUGAGUUUAUAUUGUAGAGUAACUGUGUAAUACUGAAAGAAUGGUUACACAAUUUCUGUGUUCACUUAUUUUACAUAGUUGCAACUUGAGCGGUAUGACUGGCCACAUACAGUAUCAUUCACCUGUUGCACCCAUUUAUUUAGUGUCCUGAUAUAUUGUUACAAUAAAUUCAAAAGGAACGUUCAUAACAUGCAAAAUAGCUACCCUGGUUUGUACGGUUAUGAACAAUGCAUAGAUGCUUUUCCGGUUGCAUGUGUACUUUGCUCAAUCAAUGUAAACAUGGCGCGGUGCUUUCGAGCUGCCUCUGGUACCACUGGCUAUAAAUAAAUGUAUAACUACAUUUUUAUUGGUAUUUCAUGAAUGAGUCAUGUCUCACCCGUGCAAAUUCCUCUAAUGCCGUCAGGUGAUCUGAUAGGCUACUGUUCCUACAGAGGUGUGUCUGUCUGGAAAUUUGGUACAUUCAUUCACAGCGGAGUUCAUGUUUUUAAGACCUUUGCUUUUCAGCACCUUUGUAAAUUGCAGGAUGUCUGUCGACAAUGUUUAUGGCCGCGUAGAGCAGUAUAGGAACGCAUGAUAAACAUUCAUUAUUUCGCUUCUGACAUUUUUUUUCACCCAACACUCGCAAUUCGACUCCCAUUACCUUAUAGGUUAUCCAAUCUCUUUUACAGAUUAAGUCAGAAGCCGAUUCAUAUCGAUAAUCAAGAGGUCGCUUCGCCAACGAGUUGACUUCGUCAGGUGCAUAGCCUACAGCUCAGUUCAGUAGGCGAGCCAACGAAGAACUGCGAGAAAACAGAACCACCCACAGAAGAUUUAUAGAGAUGGCGAAGGCAGACCAGCGCUUUGGGCAGAGAGAUGGCUCCGACCAGAACUUUGACUACAUGUUCAAGCUCCUCAUCAUUGGAAACAGCAGCGUGGGAAAAACCAGCUUUCUGUUCCGCUACGCAGACGACUCGUUCAGCAACUCUUUCGUCAGCACAGUGGGCAUCGACUUCAAAGUCAAGACUGUCUACAGGAAUGACAAGAGGGUUAAGCUCCAGAUAUGGGAUACAGCAGGGCAGGAGAGGUACAGGACUAUCACCACAGCUUACUACAGAGGAGCUAUGGGCUUCAUCCUCAUGUAUGACAUCUGCAAUGAAGAGUCCUUCAACGCUGUGCAGGACUGGGCUACCCAGAUAAAAACCUAUUCGUGGGAUAACGCUCAGGUCAUCAUGGUGGGCAACAAGUGUGAUGUGGGCGAGGAGAGGGUGGUGCCCACAGAGAAGGGGAAGCACUUGGCUGACCAAUUAGGGUUCGAGUACUACGAGGCCAGCGCCAAGGAGAACAUUAAUGUCCGCCAGGUGUUUGAGCGGCUGGUCGACAUCAUCUGCGUUAAGAUGUCCGAGCGAGUGGACGUGGAGCCGCCCAUGGUCCCCGGCGUCAAGACUACCAGACUCACCGACAAGCCCCCCCAGUUACCUCAGAAGUGCACCUGUGCCUGACUCACACUUAUAGGGCUGAGCCAAGCCAUGCCGAGCCAUACUUGGCUGGCCUGGUUACGCUUCUACUAUAGUUGCUGGAACCAUGCUGGAAAAGACCAUUUGAAUAGAAUCUAUCCGAGCCAGCACUGUGCGGUUGGGGUUGGCCCUAUAGUAUGAGUGAGCUACUACUGAUUUGGCCCUUCAGUUCUCCACUACGAUACUUGCCAUUCAAAUCAAAAUCAAACCAAAUGUAUUUAUAUAGCCCGUUGUACAUCAGCUGAUAUCUCAAAGUGCUGUACAGAAACCCAGCCUAAAACCCCCAGCAGCAAGCAAUGCAGGUGUUUAAGCACGUUGGCUAGGAAAAACUCCCUAGAAAGGCCAAAACCUAGGAAGAAACCAGGCUAUGAGGAGUGGCCAGUCCUCUUCUGGCUGUGCCGGGUGGAGAUUAUAACAGAACAUGGCCAAGAUGUUCAAAUGUUCAUAAAUUACCAGCAGGGUCAAAUAAUAAUAAUCACAGUAGUUGUCGAGGGUGCAGCAACUCAGCACCUCAGGAGUAAAUGUCAGUUGGCCUUUCAUAGCCGAUCAUUACGAGUAUCUCUACCACUCCUGCUGUCUCUAGAGAGUUGAAAACAGCAGGUCUGGGACAGGUAGCAUUCCACUACUGUUCUUUCCCAACUCCCUGUAAAGCUAUUACAAGUUCCACAAACUUCUUUCCAAAAAAGUAGCCAACUAUACAAUGUAAUUUAUCAAGCUACCAAUAACCACUACCACUACCACCAAAAACUACUACCAUCAAUAACUACUACUACCACCACUACUACUACUAUUUACAUAUGUUUCCCCCCUGUAGCCUUGAUCUCCAGCUGGUUCAGAGGUCAGGGAACACUAAGCAGGGUAUACAGGUAAGCACAGCAUUGCCUCUAUCCUCCAAAAAGUGGCUUCACCACCGCACAAAGAAUCACAAGACCACAUCAGUUCGCAUUACAAGUUUACACGGGUUAGGAGACGAGCCUCGAUAGCUGCAUAGUCUUCAAGUUCAGAAUAAUUUGGUUUAGUGCUCUUGUUGACCGUCCUUUACAAGCACUAAAGUGAAGACAAACUAACCACUGGAUACAGACCUCAGUUCAAUCUAGUUUUGAUUUACAUUUGGUUGAGUUGUCAACUAACGUGAAAUCAACAAAUUCACCAUGACAUUGGAUUUAGGUUCAAAGUUGGAUAAAAAAUAGAUAUAAAUGCCCUUAUGUUGAUGACUUUUUGCAUCAAAUCAGUUUUCCACAUUGAUUCAACAUCAUCACAUAUAUUUUUGGGGUUGAAAUGAUGUAGAAACAACAUUCAUUCAACCAGUUUUUGCCCAGUGGGUAACAAUCUUCCCUGUAUAUUUUUGAGUACCUUAACAAUAUGCAGUGCAACUGUCUCUUGAAGAGGUAAUAACAAUGGUACACUGUUGAAAUGGCAAGAUGUCCAAUAUGUCUUUCACCACCAACACUAAGCCAAUGCCAUGUACAGGCAGUUCUGACAUUCUGAGGGACUAUAUAGAAUAUAGAUGUUCAUUGGAGAGCACACUCUUUAUCCUUCAGCUAAUAUCAUCUCCUAGCCGUUAUGUAAGCCAUGUUUAUAUACAGUGUUUAUUUCAUGAAAAUGUGUGUGUUUUAGAGAGCAAAGCAGUCUAUUGUUGUGUGUGACACAUAACUGAGUUUUCAGUUGUAACGGUUUCAUUUGUGUAUCAUGUAACUUGGGCUGAGGUACAUGUCAACAUCAAAAUACAUUGUGAAAUGGAAGAGACAGAAAAUUAUAUUUUAAAAUGUUCUGCUUAAAAAAAACAAUGGCAAAAUCUUAAACAUAUUCAGCAAAAUCUUUGUAUCGCAAAGUAGCACGUUUUUAAGUGUAGCUUCCCACCAUGUGUAUUUUCAGUUUUAUAUUUAAAUGUCUUAAUAUAAUGAUUUAAUAUGUGAAUUUGUAAAUCAUAGUUCAAAUCUAUAAUGGUGUUUGCUGAAUUUAUUUUGAUGCUGUAUUAUGGGAAGAAAUAUAGACCAUUAAUGUGAACUUGUUGUUACAGUGAACUCUUAGACAAAGUGGGAGAAAAGCACAAAGUGAUUGUACAACAUUUUGUGGAUGUUUGUAUAUUAUAGAUGCAAUUUAGUAUAUUAAAAAGCACAACUACUUUAA